CUAUGCCAGCUCCAGCAGUGUGUGUGUUUGUGUGUGCGGGUGUUAGGCAACUGUAAACCUGUCCAGAGAGCGCGGUUUUAGUCUGCUGCCAAGUUCGAGGCGUUUGUUGUCGGCAAACCGGUUGACAACGUGCCAAUUGUGUGUUUGAUAAACAAAUUAAAAUUGAACAAAAUGUGCAUAUAUGUGCUUCUUCUUGUGCUGGGUCUGCAGCCAUUUCCUCAGACCUUGGCGCAAAACAACCAAAUUGUCAGCUCCUGCACCAGCUUGAAGAAGGCCGUCUUUGAGGAGCAGGUGGGCUACAGCUUUCUGUUUCCCAAUGCGCCCAUCAUGUACGAGACAAUCGAUAAUUGUCUCACAUAUACGCCACUGAUUGUCGGCGGACAGCCCGCCGAUCCCAAGGAGUUUCCCCAUAUGGCGCGCCUGGGACGCCGCCAUCAGCAGCUGGGCACGAUUGAUUGGUUUUGCGGCGGCACACUCAUCAGUAAUAAAUUCGUGCUGACCGCCGCCCAUUGCCUUGAGUCGGAACAGGGGGAGGUAAAUGUGGUUCGCUUGGGCGAUCUGGAUUUGGAUAAUGAUCAAGAGGAUGCGUCGCCCAAGAACUACGCUGUGGCUGACUAUUUUCGCCAUCCACAGUUUACGAGCUCGGACCUAUACAAUGAUAUUGGGAUUAUUAAACUGGCAGAACCUGUUAAAUUCGAUCGAUACAAGCAUCCUGCGUGCCUGCCCUUCGAGAAUGGCGAAAACUUGGACUCCUUCAUAGCUGUAGGUUGGGGCAGCACUAGCUUAGCGGGCAAGUCAUCGCCUAAACUGAUAAAAGUAAAAUUGGAUCGUAUUGCAGAUGAGAUAUGUCGCAGAGUAAUUGAACGAAGCGAGGACUAUCCACACGGAUUCGAGCCGGUUAGCCAAAUGUGCGUGGGCUCUUCAAAGGCAAUGGACACCUGUAAUGGCGACUCAGGUGGACCAAUUCUUGUGUACCACAAGGAAUAUCCUUGUAUGUACCACGUGAUGGGUAUUACAUCGGCAGGCAUAUCCUGUGGUACACCUAAUAUUCCCAGUAUUUAUACGCGUGUACAUUACUAUUUAGAUUGGAUUAGGCAAAUUAUGGCUCAUAACUAG